UCAACAGUUUGUUAAUUACUUUAAUGUUUUUAUUGUGUUGACACAACUGAAAGUAUAAUUUAUUGGGAAGGAAACUUAAAAUCCUAUAAACGUGGCAAUUUUUAAGAUACUUGUAUAUCAUACUAGAGAGUUGAUCAAAGAACUUGUGUGGAUAUUUUGAUGUUUAUAAGAAUAUGUCCAACAUGACGAUCUUGUCAUCAUUUGUAACCGCAUACAAAGAUAGCUAUAAAACUGCACCGCCGAAAGGAAGUACCACCUUGCAUCAAAAAGCAUUAUUUGUGGUGUGGUUGUUCGCAUCCAUAUUUUGGGUUUACAGACGAUUUGGUAAAAAUGUCUGGACACGAAACGAAAGAGAUGCAACAAGUCCUAUCAAUGUUCCCGUAUCGGCAACAGCUAACGAAAAUGAUGUCGUAAUAAAAGUCGAAACCGAACAACCUACUCCCAAACCUCGUUACGACCCGAUCACGUUAAAUGAUGCGUUAUUCGCAGUGUUUACCGUUGGCUUCAUUCUUCUCUACUACUAUUUCUGUGACUACCUUCACUACUUUCCGAAAGCUGAGCGGACGUAUAACCGGGAUUUGUAUAUGUUCCUAGUAUUUCUACUCUUUGCAGUUUCUAUAUAUUUCACGACAACAGAGUUGAAACCGAGUGCUGCCAAGCUGCUUAAUCGGGAACAGACUGAAGAAUGGAAAGGCUGGAUGCAGGUCAUGUUCGUUUGGUACCAUUAUUUUCGCGCAGCUGAAACUUAUAACGCCAUAAGGUUAUUCAUUGCGGCUUAUGUUUGGAUGACCGGAUUCGGAAAUUUCUCGUUCUUUUGGAUUCGGAAAGAUUACUCUUUACGACGUGUUUUAAAGAUGUUGUUUCGGUUAAACUUUCUGGUCAUUUUAACCACCUUGGUCGUGGACAAUUCAUACAUGCUUUACUACAUCUGUGCGAUGCAUACGUUUUGGUUUUUGUCGGUGUACGCUAUGAUGCGGCCUUUCAACGAAUACAACGAAGUCAAGAAAGUGAUGGUGAUGAAGCUCGUUAUUUAUUUUUGUAUCGUUUUCGCUAUAUUUGAUAUCCCAAAGGUUGCCGAGCUGGUAUUUUCGCCAUUCUCUUUCGUCCUGAACUAUAACAACUCCUUACAUGAGUGGAUUUUUCGUAGUAAGUUAGACCACUACGUUACAUUCGUGGGAAUGUUGUGUGCGUAUAAUCAACCGAACAUUGAAAAAGCUCUCCACAAGUUAAAUGGACAUCGAUUUGAGAAAGUAGUGCUAUUGAUAGGAACAUCCGUACUGGCAUCAUUAAUUUUCGUGUGGUAUAACUACGUCUACAUACUGGAAAAGUACAGUUAUAACGCCCUUCAUCCGUAUACAUCCUUCAUUCCUAUCUUAGCUUUUAUACUGCUUCGAAAUUCAACAGCUUGGCUGAGAAGUCGUUACAUUGUUUUGUUUUCUAUUCUUGGGAAAAUCACGCUGGAAACGUAUAUCAGCCAGCUCCACAUCUAUCUGCAGGAUAAUGCGAAGUCGUUGUUAGUGUAUGUACCGAAUUAUCCGUUAGUCAAUUUUGUAAUCAACACUUCGAUAUACCUGUUCUUAUCAAACUUGCUAUUCCAGGGGACGAUAACGUUAAAUGAGUAUAUUUUCCCGAACGAUAUGAAGACAGUAGUUAAAAAUAUAGCGGGUAUAGGUGCCGUUAUAGCAGUUGCGUAUUUAGUAGUUGGGAUGUUAACAUUUUUCUAGAAUAUUUAAUAUUUAUAAUUUUGCCACAAACUAGGUUUAAUAUUUAUACAGUUUUAUAGUAGUAACAAGUGCAUUCUCCCAAAUUGUUUGGUGCCCCCUCUUCCCCGUUGUUCGCUCAAGUUACUUUUUAGCAUACCUCCCUCACUAUGGCGCGAAACAAAACAAUGAAAAGGAGCGAGAGAUAAUCUCGUAACGCUAGGGUAAAUUUCGAUAUUAAUAACCCCCAUAUUUUGUCUGCCCCACUCGCAGAUUUUAUGUUCAGAAAGCGCGAAAAGAUGUUUAGCUAAAUGAGCAAAUUCAAUGUAACGACUUUAUGCGCGCGUUUGAAAUCAAUUACCAAGCCCACUAAAAAUAACCGUAUUUUGCUCAUAAUGGUAGCAGGAUAUUUAAACAAGGUAAUUAAUAGUACAUUUUUUACGCCGUUUUAAUUUCACAAAUUAGAAUUAUAUUAAUAACUCAUUGUGCAUGUAAUGGGGAGUAGGAAUUUACGCGCAGGGCCACAGCUUUCAUCCAUUUUCGAAAGGCAUUAGAUUUUAUAUUUUUGGCGCUUCGCCUUAAACAUUCUUUGGGCACUCCCGCGCAAAAAUUGUUUGCUGGGGUAAGUCCACAUUAGGCAAAUUAUUUAUUUUUAAAGUAUGUUCCAUUUACACCCUUAUUUAUUUUAUAUUUUUAGAGGUAAAUUGUGUACAACUUUUCGAGAAGUAAAUCCCACCUGGA